CUGAAUGAACGGGUCGGGAAAAGGGGAAGGAUGCGGAUUACGGUAGCUCGUCGGCCAGCCUGCCUGCCUACCGACGACGGUUUUCGGUCGUUUGACAUGAGGAUGCGCGGAGAAAACGACACAGGCCUGUUGGUUUGUUGAUACAGCCAGUAAUUUAACCGGUGACACCGAGCCUUGCCUGGGGUGAUUGUGAGGUGAUUUGAUUUCCAGUGUGUGCUAUUUUGCAUUCACGUGUUGAGUAAUCGUGUUUGACAUUCCCUUUUCAUUAAGAAAAGCGGAGAAAACACAGCCCAUCUUCAUAUUUGUGGUGCAACUGCCAUCAUGGUUUUAGCCGUCGUUUUAGCAUCACCUGAUCCCUUCUCCUGUGCCGCUGCGGACUGGACGUCAGACUAACGGAGCGUCGUAAAGUCAAAACCAAAACACACCAAAAAAUUACAGCUUUGCCGCGUUUCAACAUGGAGGUGUGGACGUUUCAGCCUCGCUGGUUGCCAUGUCUGUUUUUCCUUUGGACGGCGCUGUGUCUGCUCAGCAGCUGUCAAUCCGCUCCCGACGCCUCGGGCCUGCCUCGAGCCAUUCGCGUGCCACUGCGGCAAGGCGCUCGCGCUGAAAAGCCACCGCCGCUGCCCCCUGCCGCCGAGCGCGGCAACGCGGCGAAGCGCACCGCGCGCAGGCGGAGAGGAGCGGCAGCGGCAGCCGGAGGUAUCAGCUUUGUGGACAUGAUUGAUAACCUGCGUGGGAAGUCUGGACAGGGAUACUACGUAGAGAUGGCCGUGGGCUCCCCUCCCCAGAAGUUGAACAUCCUGGUGGAUACCGGGAGCAGUAACUUUGCUGUCGGGGCAGCUGCUCAUCCCUUCCUGCGCAGAUACUACCAUCGUUCACUCUCCAGCUCGUACCGUGACCAGGGCAGGAGUGUGUAUGUUCCAUACACUCAGGGUCGCUGGGAGGGCGAGCUGGGCACUGACUUGGUCUCUGUACCACAUGGCCCCAACGCCACACUGCGGGCCAAUAUCGCUGCAAUCACCCAGUCAGAUCGCUUCUUCAUCAAUGGAUCCAACUGGGAGGGAAUCCUAGGACUGGCCUAUGCUGAUAUAGCCCGGCCUGACGAGACAUUGGAGCCUUUCUUUGACUCUCUGGUUCGGCAGACUCCUGUCCGCAACCUCUUCUCUCUCCAGUUGUGUGGAGCCGGCUUCACCCAAAACUACUCCCUGGGCAGCGCCACUGUUGGCGGCAGCAUGAUCAUCGGAGGAGUGGACCUGUCACUGUACAUAGGAGCGCUUUGGUACACUCCCAUCCGAAGGGAGUGGUACUAUGAGGUCAUUAUUGUACGUAUUGAGGUGAAUGGACAGGACCUCAAUAUGGACUGUAAAGAGUACAACUAUGAUAAGAGCAUUGUGGACAGUGGCACCACCAACCUUCGACUGCCUAGAAAAGUUUUCCAGGCUGCAGUAAAGGCUAUUGAAGCAGCUUCUUCGACCGAACAGUUUCCCUCUGGCUUCUGGCUGGGGGAGCAGCUGGUAUGUUGGCAGGCUGGCACUACACCCUGGCACAUCUUCCCAGUCAUCUCCCUCUACCUGAUGAGUGAAAACCACAACCAGUCCUUCAGAAUCUCCAUUCUACCGCAGCAAUAUUUGCGGCCGGUGGAGGAUGUGGCCUCCGCCCAGGAGGACUGCUACAAGUUUGCAGUGUCCCAGUCUAGCACUGGUACAGUGAUGGGGGCCGUCAUCAUGGAAGGCUUUUAUGUGGUCUUCGACCGAGAAAAGAAACGCAUAGGCUUUGCUGUCAGCACCUGCCACGUGCACGAUGAGUUUCGCACAGCCUCUGUGGAAGGCCCGUUCCACGGCGUCGACCUGGAGGACUGUGGCUACAACAUCCCUCAGACAGAUGAGUCCACUCUCAUGACCAUCGCCUACAUCAUGGCGGGAAUCUGCGCUCUCUUCAUGCUGCCGCUGUGUCUCAUGGUGUGCCAGUGGCGCUUCGCCCGCUGCCUCCACCCACACGGGGACUUUGCUGAUGACAUAUCGCUUCUGAAGUGAAGGGGGAGAAGAAGAAGACAAGAGGAGUCGUAGAAACCUACACUUGAAACACAGAGCAGGGAUGGAUUGUGGUAAAAGGGAUGUGCAUCUUUACAUAAUGCUGGUGCUGUUGAAAGAGAGCUUUGAAAAGGAUUUUCAGGAAAUUAUUAUGUGAACAGAGCAUUUGAGGAGAACUAGAGCCAUUACUAACAUGAAGGACAAACAAGAGGAAGUUGUUGUCGUCAGAGUCAGCGUUGUCUCUUAAAGCUAUCUAUGCAGAUCAGCAUGGUGAGAGGUGGGAAAAUGCUAAACUAAAAACAAAUCAGCUCUUUGUUAUAAAUAGUGUAUAAAUAGAACAAAGAGAUGGAUUGGAUUUGGAAAGAUCUGUUUCCUGCACAGCUCUAUGCAGAGUGAUUUGGGAUUUUGGGAAAAAAUAAAGAGAAAACAGAUAAUUUACAAACAUGGCCAAAUUUAGAUACUCACAACCUGGAUGUGAAAACAAGACCGUAGUUUCCUAUGGUAUGAUGAUUUGAACAUAUGAGCGUGUGGUUACAUGUGUGUGUUCCUAGAUUUACUGUUUGUGGCUUUUGAGUGAAUGAAACAAGGUUGAUAUGUGUGAGCAUGCCUGUAUGUGUGCACAGCUGUAUUGUAAGUGAAGAGUAUACAGAAAGAUUUAAUGAAAAUGAAAAUUAUACUACUGAGUAUGAAUAGCAACUAUGAAAUCACACUAUUUUGCAAAUGCCAGCAAAGAAUUCUGCAACGCAAGUUUAAGUAAGCAUAAAAAGGUUCCUUUGAUGAAUAAUCAGAUUGUAACAGCAUUUAUUGCAUAAAAUCAGUUUUGCUAAGUGUGAAACUGAGGUGACUGAUCACAGUCAGUAUCAGAUGUCACUUUUUCCUUCCUAUAUUGAUAGCUUAAAUGUAUCUAUUGUAAAUAAAAUGUGUGUAUUCCAGAUCUUCUAUUUACGCACACACAGAAUACACAUUGCUUAUCCCACUGCUGCAGCAUCUGAUGAUUUUCACAUGUAACAACACAUUACAUGUUAACAAACCAAGACUUAAUAGGGCUUCUUUCACAGACACAGAAACAGCCUAACUCACCACAUCUUUCAAUGGGGACCAUAUAUGCUUGGACACGGAAACCAGCCCAAAGUAUGUUCUACACUAAAGAACAGUAUGUAUGUCUACGAGGGACUGUUCGUAUUGUCUCUCAGCAAGCUGUAAAUAGAUCAACUCAGAACUGUAUAUUUAUCUGUCAGGCGCUGGCAGCACUGUGGAAUCAAUAAAGUACUUAUUGUAACUGUAA